UGUUUGUGUUUCUUACUAUUAUCUGACAGCUUCCACUCGUGUCACUGUGAGUCCCACGUAACUCUUCGCCUGGUGUUUUCUGCAGCCACUGUGGAACUUGCCUGAACCGAAAGUGACCGAAAAUGCUGUCCUACAUCCUUGGCCUGAUCCGAGGCGGCAUUGAUAGCAUCAUCAACCUGAUCUUCAGACUUUUCUUCUCAAAGAGGAGACCAGCGAUCACAUUAGAGGACCCCAACAUUAAAUAUGCACUUCGACUGAUAGAUAAACAGAUCGUGAGCCAUGACACGAGGAGGUUUCGGUUUGCUCUGCCUUCUCCUGACCAUGUCCUGGGUCUCCCCAUUGGGCAGCAUAUCUACUUGUCUGCAAGAAUAGAUGGGAAGCUGGUUGUUCGUCCAUACACUCCUGUGUCCAGUGAUGAUGACAAAGGCUUUGUUGACCUGGUAGUGAAGGUGUAUUUCAAAGAUGUCAAUCCUAAGUUCCCAGAGGGUGGGAAGAUGAGUCAGUACUUGGAGAGCCUCAAGAUCAAUGACACUAUUGACUUCAGAGGACCCAGUGGACUUCUGAUCUACAAGGGAAAAGGAGUUUUUCACAUUCAACCAGAGAAAAAGUCCCCUGCUGUAACAAAGACAGCCAAAUAUGUUGGUAUGAUUGCUGGAGGAACAGGCAUCACUCCAAUGCUACAGCUCAUCACCGCAGUGAUGAAGGACCCUGAGGACCAGACCGUGUGCUACCUGCUGUUUGCAAAUCAGACUGAGAAGGACAUCCUGCUGCGACCCGAGUUGGAAGAGAUUCAGGUCAACCACCCAGACCGCUUUAAGCUGUGGUUCACCCUGGACAGAGCUCCUGACAACUGGGAAUACAGUCAAGGCUUUAUCAAUGAAGACAUGGUGAGGGAGCAGCUGCCACCUCCCAGCGACGACACCCUCAUCCUGAUGUGUGGACCGCCACCCAUGAUCCAGUUUGCCUGCAACCCCAACUUGGACAAAGUGGGCCACUCUAGCAGCCGCAGGUUUACCUUCUAGAAAGCCGUCCACACAGAAGAACCAAGGUCUGGGCCUUAAAAGGGUAUUCAGUUAUCGUCGCUUCCCCAAAAGCAUUAAAGCACUCAGUGUCUAUUGCACUAUUUAAGAAUAUAAUGAAUGCCAUGAUACUCCUCAUGCAACAGAGUCACAGUACGGACCAAUGUAAUCAGUAAGUGUGGUGGAAUAGAAUAGAUGAGUAUGUGGAAUAGAUUUUUUUUUUUCUAUUAAUAUGUGAGAUGAAGGCGUAUACCCUGAGGUUUUCAGAAGGUUGAUGUGGAAGUUAAGAUGUGACACCAAACCUGUUGCUAACAAACCUUUCGUCUUGCUGUGGCCUCGGUUCAGUUUCAGGCUAAAAAAAUCAAAGUUAAGAUCAACAUUCAACACUGAGCUUUUUUCUGAGUGCCUUAACACUUGCAAAGCUUUUUAUAUGCAUUUAAGAGUUGUGACCACUUGCUUCAUUUAUAAAAAAUAAUAAGAUAUUCCCUCAUGGCUGCUGAAAAUGUGUUACAAAAUGCUGUUGAUAAUGUUGUGUCAGUAUUUUUGUUAAAAUGUUAACUAGUGAUUCGGUGAAGUGUGUAGUUACCGAGAAUGUUUCAGCUGAAAAUCUGUCUGAGUAUGCAACAUAAAAUUCUACUGCUGUGUACUUACUGAUACUUGGAUUUUCAUUUCCCGUUACUGUUGUAUACUUUGAUGGCAUCGUCCA